CCGCCUCACGUGGCCUGGGGCCGGGGAGGGUGAUUGACAGGCCCGCAGGCUGCUGCCUUGUAGCUGGGCCCCUCGGACAACCUGGCACUGGGGUCAGGGCACAGAGCAGCUCCUUCCGUGCACAAAAAAAAAAACAAACAACCCCUGGGAGCACUUUACAAGAGGAAUGAUCACCUUGUAACGCCAAAAGGAGCGAAAUAGUUGUAAAAAAAACUGAGCCCUGACCGUUGCCCCUGCUGUGCACCAUGUUGUCCGUGAGGAGACCAGCCAUGAUCCUCAGUCCAGCUCGGUGCAAGCCGCUUGGAGGGCGUUACUCUCAGUGGCUGCAGCCCGCCUGCUCGUCGAGCCAGGCUCUGAGUUGGCGUGAGGCCCGUCAGCUGGACGCGUGGAGGAGGCAGGUGGGCGGUGCCCUGCGGUGGGCACUGGGCUUGCUGCGGGAAGGGUUCGGCGCAGCCGGUGGUGGCGCGGCCAGGAGGAAGAUGGUGUCGAUCCUGGCGAGCCAGUGCAGCUACGUGACCGGACAGAGGCUGAGGAGGGCCCAGCAGAUCUGGCAGCUGUACAAUAACCUGUACUCGGAGCACUCCCGCCGAAGCCUCUUCACCAACCUGUGGCGGAAAUUCCAGAGCCGGCACUCAGGCUCCGGCAAGCUGGUGGCAGCUUUCGCCGCUGUCUUCAUGUGGGACAACGAGAGGAUUCAGGACGAGGAGCUGCAGCGGUGCCUGAGCGAUUUCAAAAGCCUGGAGGUCCUGGCGGCCGAGAAGCACCAGAGCCGGGAGCAGGCGGAGUGCGAGAGGCACCGUAAGCAGGACAGCGUGUGGGAGCUGGUGAUUGACAGGCCCAGCUUCCGGCUGUGGCGCAGACCCAUUACGGGGAGUCAUCUCUACCAGUACCGAGUAUUUGGAACGUACACAGACGUUACCCCUCGGCAGUUCUUCAACGUGCAGCUCGACACGGAGUACAGGAAGAAAUGGGAUGAACUGGUUAUCAAGCUGGAUGUAAUCGAGCGGGAUGAAUUGUCAGGAUCAGAGAUUGUCCACUGGGUCACACAUUUCCCGUAUCCCUUUUACUCGCGGGACUACCUGUAUAUCCGCCGUUAUCACGUGGACCAGAAGAACAAUCUGAUGGUGUUGGUGUCAAGGGCUGUGGAGCAUCCGGAUGUCCCGGAAAGCUCUAGCUACGUGCGGGUGUCGUCUUAUCAGUCCCAGAUGGUGAUCAAGCCGCAUCGAUCGUUUGACGAGAAUGGCUUUGACUACCUUCUCACGUACAGUGAUGACCCGCAGACCGUUUUCCCUCGUUACUGUGUCAGUUGGAUGGUGUCUAGCGGCAUGCCCGACUUUCUGGAAAAGUUGCACACGGCAGCUGUCCGAGCGAGGAACAUGGAAAUCAAGGUUAAAGAUUACAUCAGUGCCCGAGUCUCCGAGAACAUCGAAACCAAGCCACUGCAGAACCCUGAGCGCAAAGAGAAUAGCUGCAGCUCGCAGCAGAUGGACUACGCAUAGACUGCCAAUUCUGACUGCAGAGACAGCCGUGUGGUGCAGUGUACCCAGGGGUCAGUUGCAGGAAGCGAGAGCAGGGAGCAACCUCCAUGUUGAGCUGCUUUUCGAGAGAACUUUUGCAUUGAAAAGGUCCUUGUGGGCGCCGAACAAGCGGAGGGCUUCGAGAUUCACCAAGAUGUGGUACAAAGAGAGUCGCGCUACCUGCAAAACUUGAAAGUAUUAAGAACACAAAAACACGCGCACACACACACACACACACACACACACACACACACUCGCUUAACCAGCACUGCAUUUGAAAUUAAAAGUUCAAGUGUAGAGGUUUGCUCACCUCCUGUCUAUCUGCAAUGUUGGAUCAGAAACUUGAAUUUCCUUAACCGUUUAGAGCCAUUUGGGAAGCUGUUGGUGGGCAGAGAAAAGCAUUUCCUUGUCAAUGUAUCAUUGUCGGUUCACUUGUGUAAAAUUCCACGAUUCCUGACUUACACUGGUUUUGUUACAGUACUCGCAGCCCCACUCGUCUGUCCAAAAGUGAAUUGUUGUUUUUUUUAUUUUGCAGGAGGUUCAGUGGUUGCUUGAAGUAUUUUCAAAUAAAAAAAGUAUAUUAUUUUGUAA